GAAGAGGCUAAGCAGAAACAAACCUCGCCGGUCAGGCUAACGGGUGGGCUUCUACCACCAGUAGGCCUUGGAAGUUCUACCAAGAGCUUUGCGGCGGAUAAGGAUGCAGCGCUGGAGGGGGGGCUGCGUGUACGGAGGAGGUGAUGGGACAGAUGGUGAGAUGAAGAAGGAGUCCCAGCCUGUGGAAGAGGACAGGGUGACACUGGAAGGACCCAGAGAGGAGCCCCAGAACCCCAAGGUAGACGUGGCCCAUGAUAUUCAACAUCAGCCAGAUGAUAAGGAAGGUAGCCAAGUACCAAGAAGACCCCGAAAAUGCUCUUUCAAAGGGACAUAUGCUGAAGACCUCCAAGAAGAUGCCACCCAACCAAGGGGUAGCUCCAGAGGGAAGGUAUACAAGUGCAUGGACUGCAAGAAGAUCUUCACCUGGGGAAGCAGCCUGACCCGGCACCGACGGAUCCACACGGGAGAGAAGCCCUUCAAGUGCCUGGAUUGCGGGAAGAGCUUCACGCAGAGCGUGGUCCUCCUGCGUCACUGGAGGACACACACCAAGGAAAAGCCCUUUCUCUGCACCACGUGCGGGAAACGCUUCUCCUGGCGCUCGGACCUCAUCACCCACCAACGUAUCCACACGGGAGAGAGACCGUACGCUUGCUCGCACUGCGAGAAGACCUUCCGGAAGAGGUCUCACCUCAUGAGGCACCAGCAAGUCCUCCAUGAUGGCACUGAGAGCGCCCCGAUGGAGCUGGGGCAACCACCCCAGCUGCUGGAGGAAAAGUUGGAGAGCAAGAAGAAGCAGACGCCCAUAAGACAAGGGGGUGGCGUGAAGGACGCCCACACAGCCACGAGCAAGCCGGUGGCCCGUGCCAAGCAGAAGACCCACAAAUGCCCAGAGUGUGGGAAGACCUUCUGUUGGCGAAACAGCCUGAGGCGCCACCAAAGAAAUCACACGGGAGAACGACCCUACAAGUGCCCGGAUUGCGGGAAGACCUUCAACGACUUCUCUAACCUCGUCUCCCACCACAGGAUCCAUAAGGGAGAGAGACCGUACGAGUGCCCCGAGUGCGGGGAGUGCUUCACCCAGAACUCCAGCCUUUCCAGGCACCGGAGGACCCACACCGGAGAAAAACCUUUUUCCUGCUCCGAUUGCGGGAAAUCCUUUACGCAGAAGCAAAAGCUCAUCCUGCACCAGCGGAUCCACACCGGGGAGACGCCAUACAGCUGCCAGCAGUGCCGGAAAACCUUUCGGAGCAGCUCCCACCUCGCCACGCACCAGCAGAUCCACGGGCAGGAGGGCUCCCACGCAUGCCUGGUCUGCGGGAAGUCAUUCAGCGUGGGCGCCGAGUGUCUUCUCCAUCAGAGGACCCACUUGGAGGAGGUGCCGGUGGGCCGGGGAGCUUUGCCAGGGGGUGACGCGCCACGAAAUUAGGGGGGCGUUACCUCCUUAGAUAGGGACUUCCACCCCGUUGGGCUCAUCCCAUGAACCUGGUGAUCUUGGAGGAUAUUCAAGGGUGUCUGGGGAUCCUAAUGCCCCACCAAGGGUUUUUUUGGGGGGGUGAGGGGUUGUGUGAGCCCCUCUUUGCUUCUACACAUGGGUGCCUGCACACAGAGGUAAAGAAGGAGGAGAUUUACUAACGGGUGCCUUGGGCAUGGACAACGUGGCUCUUCCUUCCCAUGGGACCAUCGCAUCCAAGACCCCCAGCACCUCCAUGGGGACUUGUGGGUCCAGGGAAAGGAGAUGUUUAAGAACCACUGCCUUCCUGGCAAAACCAGGGUGCUCCCAUGGGUCUGAAGGGAUUUUAAAGUCUCGUUAGCCAGCAGGGUCGUUAAGAAGACCCAAGGUUGGACAAACUGACGGGCAGCGUUGGUACAUUUUGGUGGGACACUGUUUGGCAUCUCAGGUCUUGGUUCACAAGCUGUGGCCACUGUGAAGUAUUUUAUUCAUCAUUUGCUUCGUUAAAAGCAGGCAUCAUUAAUUAUUUACCCACUUACAAACCAUCGAGAUGAACUUCAGUGGUGGCGCUCACCAAGGUGAUGAGGCUUCUGUGCUUCCCAGUGGGACACUGGAGCAGGAUGGUGGAGGGAUGAGCCGCUCUCACCAGCGGCGCGGGGACUAUUUUACCCCGAGGAAGGAGACACUGCGGCUGGGGGAAGCUUUUGGCCAAAAGCCUCAGGAGGUUCAGAAGAGGCAAAAACCCAGCCAGGACCCUGCAAUAAAGAUGGCGCGUAGGGGAUGGUCCCUCUGUCACCUAAGGGCACGAACACGGGUCAACGUGCCCGCGCAUGCAGCUGACGGCGUGGAUGCGCACCCUUCCAGGAAACAGCAGAAAUGCCGCUUUUUUGGGGGCAUUUCUAUCAAAUAUGGCGGAUUUUGCUCAUCUUUCAGAUUCACGCCCCGUCCCUUGAACAGCGGA